CAUGGCAAAUUGGGCAUCUAUGAACACAGAAGGAGAGGAUAACAUCAAUCUCAACAUAAACCAACCAAACCAAUACACCACAACCCUCUUUCUCUCCCUUUCUUUCUGCUGCUGUAAUCUACUUACAUUACAGAAGCCCCAAAAGUACUACUUCAUCUGCAAUAAUGUCUUGCUCCAACCUCACUAUGUUGGUAUCUUCAAAACCUUCCCUUUCUGAUGCCUCCAACCUCUCCUUCCGUUCUGUUCUUAAUCCUUUUCAGCUCCCUUCACAAAACUCACCCUCAUGCAGCCCCUCACGGUCUUCUGUCACCCCAAUACAGUGUGGUCUCAGAGAGCUCAGAACCCGCAUUGAAUCUGUUAAGAACACACAGAAGAUCACAGAGGCAAUGAAGCUUGUUGCUGCUGCUAAAGUCAGAAGGGCUCAAGAAGCUGUUGUCAAUGGAAGACCCUUUUCAGAGACCCUUGUUGAGGUCCUCUACAACAUCAACGAGCAACUCCAAACUGAGGACAUUGAUGUCCCUCUCACAAAAGUUAGGCCAGUGAAAAAGGUAGCACUGGUUGUGUGCACUGGUGAUAGAGGUCUCUGUGGUGGUUUCAACAAUAACAUCAUUAAGAAAGCCGAGAAAAGAAUUGCUGAAUUGAAGGAUCUUGGUCUUGACUACACUAUCAUUAGUGUCGGCAAGAAGGGUAACUCUUACUUCCUCCGUAGACCUUACAUACCAGUUGAUCGGUUUCUAGAAGGAGGAACACUCCCAACUGCUAAAGAGGCUCAGGCAAUUGCUGAUGAUGCCUUCUCAUUGUUCAUCAGUGAAGAGGUUGACAAAGUAGAACUCUUGUACACAAAGUUUGUGUCAUUGGUGAAAUCAGAUCCUGUGAUUCACACCUUACUUCCGCUGUCACCAAAGGGAGAGAUUUGUGACAUCAAUGGAAACUGUGUUGAUGCUGCUGAUGAUGAGUUCUUCAGGCUAACAACAAAGGAAGGAAAACUAACUGUGGAGAGAGAUUCUGUGAGGACAAAGACAGAAGACUAUUCACCAAUCUUGGAGUUUGAGCAGGAUCCUGUUCAGAUCCUUGAUGCUCUCUUGCCGCUUUAUCUCAACAGCCAAGUCUUGAGAGCACUUCAAGAAUCACUUGCAAGUGAGCUUGCUGCUAGAAUGAGUGCAAUGAGUAGUGCUACUGAUAAUGCUGUUGAAUUGAAGAAGAACUUAUCCAUUGUCUACAAUAGGGAGCGUCAGGCUAAGAUCACAGGUGAAAUUCUUGAGAUUGUUGCUGGUGCCAAUGCUCUUCAAUAGGUUAUUUUUGGCCCUCAUCAUCAUUAUCAUCAUCCAUGGUUGGAUUUAUUUGUAGGUAUCCAAUAUCAUAAAAGGGUGUUGUUACUCCCUUUUGUUACAUUCUAAUGUUCUUAUUUAUGACAAUUAUGAAACUGUGCGAUUUUUGCACUUCUGAAAUGCAAAAAACCUUGUGCACUAGGAGUCUCAACCGAAACCUUUCGGUUUUUUUUGUCAAGUUUUUUUCCCUCCUUUUCAUCUCACAAAUUAUGUAUGUAAUAAAAUAGAUCUAUAUAUCAUAAAAUUCCCAGAGUUCUCUGUUGAUUUA